AUGCCAAUCGGCAUUCAGCGCCUCAACGCGAAAACAUCACAGCCUAAUCCGCACAUUGUCUUUAUCAAACCGCUGAAGGGACGAGAUGAAAAGAUUGCGCAGGACUUUUUGGAGAGGAUUGCAGCGCAGUGCCUUCCUGUGAUGCGCAAGCACCACAUUCAUGUCAUGUCGCUGGAGGAGUUCCCUCCCAACAGAGAAUUCGUGGGCCGCAAUUUUAAUGCUGGGGAGGUUAUUCAGCUGGUGCUCAAAUCUCCCGGGAGCGGCCGGUGGCUUCCGUUUAAUUAUGUCCAGAUGGUGAUGAUGCAUGAGCUGGCUCACUGCGCGCAGAUGAAUCAUUCCAGGGCAUUUUGGGCAGUGCGGAAUCAGUAUGCUGCCCAAAUGCAAGCCUUAUGGGCAGAAGGAUACAAGGGAGAUGGUCUCUGGGGCAGAGGAGCUACCCUAGGGACAGGAGAGUGGGAAAAGAACAGCGUGAGGGCAGAUGAGGUUCUUCCGGAGCAUCUCUGUGGCGGGACAUAUCGGUCGCGGAGGAGGAAGCGCAAGGCCAAGCCUGUUUUGACGUAUCAGGAGAGAAAAGAGAGGCGGAUUCUCAACAAGUUUGGCAAAAACGGCGUUGCGCUUGGGGCUGACGAGGAGGAGAAGGUGAAGCUCGAGAAGGGCAAGCGGGUGCUCGCGAAGCCGAGGGUGGCAGGCAGUUUGCGGGGCCGGGAGCUCCGUGCGGCUGCGGCGCUGGCUCGGUUCGAGCAGAGCAAGGAGGGUGCUAAGAAGGAAGAGGGGGAGGAAGAGGAGGAAGAGGAUACGAAGAAUAAGUGGGAUGAGGAUGAUUCGAGUGACUACGAAGAUGGGGGCGCGGAUGCGAAAACGGCGGUUGAUGUGGAUGGCUCGAGGAUGGUGGAUAGCCAUGGCGGCGAUAUGGUCAAGGUGUGCGAAGACGAAGAUGCGGAUGACGCUGACGCGAAGAACGAACUCGAUCAGCUGCAUGGUUUGUUUGGCGGAAGGAAGAUGAAACAAGAUCCAGACGGCGAAACUUCGAAUCUUCCACGCUCAUCUCAGAAGAGGCAGAAUUCGGAGCGGGUGUCUAUCAAACCAGAUCCGGAUACUGACGAAACACGCCAACCCUCACGACCAAAGACGACACCAUCGCCCUCAAAACCCUCUCCCCUCACCGCAACUACAACACAAGCAGAGUCAACAUCAAGUUGCUCAAUGUGCUCGUUCGAAAACCCUCAGGCAGUCGUGACAUGCGCCAUAUGCGCAAACGUGCUCUACCCAGUCCUCACGCCGGGCUGGCGGUGCGGGAGCGCGGCAUGCACAGGCAGCGCCUAUGUGAAUGCCCAGGACUGCGGAGUGUGUGGCCUUUGUGGACAGAGAAGAGGCUGA